UGAAUCAAAGAAUACUUCGAUGUUUAAUGAUUAUUGAUUUUUUUGCUUCUGUAUGAUUUGAAGAAACUGAGCUUGUGUAUGGUGCCUUCUGAUUCUAUAAGGCUGGUUUUCCUAUAUCAAUAAAAGGCAUGGAACCCUGUGAAAAUUGGACGUCUACAGCUUUGAGCAACUGGUUAACCCACAUUGGAAUCCAUCAGAUUGCUGACAUGCUCCUAAGUGAAGAAAGUAUUCCCUCAGAACCAGUGCCUGCUCCGAUGGAUGACAAUGAUAUAGCCUUUAGGUCAUCCCGGUCGGUUACCCUUUCCAGCUCUUCUCGGAAUUCGGAAGGAAAUUGGAAGUUACGUGGAUUGUCUACAAAUUACAAUUUCCAGCAAACGUUGAGAAACUCAUUUUUGGAGGAGGCAGCUGAAGGUGCUGCCAACUAUCAGGCAUUGGCCUGGAGCCUGAAAUACUACAGGUACAAUGCAGAUCACCAAGAUGAAUGUUAUGCAGGUACUCCAUUAUGUUUGUUAGAACAAAGUGAAUAUCUGUAUGAACAAGGAUUUUAUGGGGAACAUGAACUGUAUCACAAGCAUUUCCCAUUAAAUACAGAAGAUAUUAAUGAGACGGAAGAAGGUAAAGAGAUACUUUUCAACCAACCCCCUCAGAACCUCAUUGGGACUCCAAAUUUUGAAAUGAGAGGUUCAGAGGAAGCAUCAACGGGAACAGUUUUGCAGCGCCUAAUUCAAGAGCAUUUAAGAUAUGGAAAUCCAAAUGAGAACAUGAACCUACUGGCAAUACAGCAGCAAGCCACAGGGAGCACCGGCCCAACUAACAGUAGUGGAAGCACACACUCUUCCUCAGAGAACCUCACGCAGGAAGAUCCGCAAAUGGUCUAUCAGUCAGCACGUCAAGAACCCCAAGGGCAAGAACAUCAGGUGGAUAACAGUGUGAUGGAGAAGCAGGCACGGGUCACUCUAGCCCAACAGAAUAUUGAAGAACUACCAACCUAUGAGGAAGCCAAAGCACAAUCUGAAUUCUUCAGAGGGCAGCAGCAAGCAUCGGUUGGCUCUAAUUUCUAUGUUGCAGGGAUCACUAAUCAAAAAACAAAAACUGAGGGGAGACCUACAGUUAACCGAGUAAGCUCUGGGCAGAUACACAAAGAUGAGGCAUUAAAAGAACUUAAACAAGGUCAUGUACGUUCACUUAGUGAGCGUUUAAUGCAACUGUCUCUAGAAAGAAAUGGUGUAAAGUCACAUCUUCCUGCCUCAAAAAACAAUCUCCCUUCCCAACAAACCAAUAAUCCCUUCAAGAAUGGAGGACAACAAUCUACCCAAACCCUGACAAAGGGUGUAGAUCCAAGAGGUCCUCCUCCAGAAUACCCUUUUAAAACCAAACAAAUGUUGCCACGACUUAACCAAUCUCAUGAGCUUGUGAAUUUUUAUAAUGAUUCGCACUCUCCAAAUCCUCAGGAAUUGCUUCAACCAUAUCCUGGAACUCUGGCAAUUAGACAAGAAGCAACAAUCCUAAGAUAUCAAUCACCACCAGAAUAUGAAUCGAACAGGCAAUGCCAAACAUUUUUUCAGUCAUUGCCAUCAGAGGACCACAGCCCUAUGUCUUCCCAGAGCUCCAUGGAAAAGAAUCAGUUGCAACUUGCACUUUUGCAGUCAGCUCCUCCUCAGCUCCAACCAGAUCCUGUGUCAAACCAGCAACUUUCAGUUGAUGCAGUUGCAAUUGUGGCACGGGCUCAGCAGAUGGUGGAGAUAUUAUCAGAAGAAAAUCGUGUCCUUCGCCAAGAACUAGAGGGCUUCUGUGAAAAAAGUGCAAAACUCCAAAAGUUUGAAAUGGAAAUUUGGCGAAUCUCAGAAGCCCAUGAAAACUUGGUGAAGUCCACCACCAAACGAGAGACAUUGGAUAAAGCCUUGAGGAAUAAAUUGGAAGGCGAAAUACGAAGACUAUAUGACUUCAAUAGGGACCUUAGAGAUCGCUUAGAGACUGCCAACAAGCAACUGGCAAGCAAAGAGUACGAUAGUACUGAAGAUAACAUGCCAACAGAGGGCCAUUAUACAAAGUACAAAGAGCACUUGAAGGAAGGGGAAAAGUUGGAAAUGGAACUGGCCACUAUGCGUUCAGCAAAUGAGGAUCAGCAGAGGCGCAUUGAAAUCUUGGAUCAGGCAUUGAACAAUACCCAAGCCAAGGUGGUCAGGUUGGAGCAGGAGUUGAGGAAGAAACAAGUGUAUGUGGAAAGGGUAGAGCGACUGCAACAGGCCUUAACGCAGCUGCAAGCAGCCUGUGAAAAGCGGGAGCAGAUGGAACGGAGGCUACGCAUUCGGCUGGAACGAGAGCUAGAAUCUCUUCGAGUACAACAGCGACAUGGAGGCCCUCUAUUGACUAAUGUUCCACAACACAAUAUACCAGCAUUGAUGGAGUUAUUACGGGAAAAGGAAGAACGAAUCCUGGCCCUAGAGGCUGACAUGACAAAGUGGGAGCAGAAGUAUUUGGAAGAAAGGGCAAUGCGUCAUUUUGCCAUGGAUGCUGCUGCUACAGCUGCUGCUCAGAGGGACACCAGUAUAAUAAAUCAUUCUCCAAAUAGCAGCUACAAUGACAGUUCACUGGAAGUACAAAACUGGAAUGAGGAACAGGAGAAUGUGCAGUCAGUUCAAAGAUACCAAAACACAGAGCAAGGGGUAGGAGAGGUUACAGGCUUCAACAGCAUUUCUAACAGAAUAAAAAACCUUCAUGCGCAGCUUAUAGAGAAGGAUGCCAUGAUAAAAGUACUCCAACAACGUUCUCGAAAGGAACCAGGAAAAUCUGAGCCUGGAUCCCUGAGGCCAGGAAAAUUAGUUUCAUCUGUACAUGGAAACAUGGUACUGCAUUCUUUCCAGGCAUCCCUGAGUAAUGAUGCAAAAAAGGAGGAUAAGAGCUGGAAGGGAAGUGUAGGCUUGCUUCAAAUUAAAGACAAUCAAGAAAAUUCUUUGCAUACCUCACUUCAAAUGACUGCAACUUCGCUCCCAGUGGUCUCCACACAUACUAAAACUGGCAGUAAGGAUAGCAGUACACAGACAGAUAAAAGUCCUGAACUCAUCCGUCCAAGUAGUGCCCCAAUCCAUGGCAGGCGAAGGCUCAGCACAACCCCCUUCAGCAGCCCCAUCGUGAGACCAAAAUCAGCACGAAGCAGCACAGAAAAAUUAGGAGAUGCUUCCAUCAUUAAUAUCAAAUCACAUGACAGCAAAGGAAGAGGCAACUAUCCCUACCACAAACCUGACUUUGACGAUGAUGUGGUGGAAAUCCUCAUUUAACAACAGGAAGUUGCGGCUGUACACUCCAUAGAGGAUCAAAGCUUGCACUAAAAGCUGGAGAAUCAAGUGUAUGGAUCUUCAGAAGUUGAGGACUUUUUUGAAUAAGGCAGAAACUGUUUGGAAGUAGAUUUGUUUCUAAGCAAUUACGAGAAGGAUUUUGUAUCUAGAUGUGGAACAUGAUAUUAAAUAAGUUGGGAAUGUAAAGAGGAAGAUGAAUAGAUGAGAGUAAAAGGAUAUGGUGGAUAUUUUAUUUGGAAUGUAUUUGACAGCCUGUAAUCUUUAAAGGUAUGAGCAAAGAGUACAGUAUUUUCAAUACCCUGAUUCAUAAUGAUCUAUCUAUGCAUUAUCUUCAAUUCAUAUAGAAGUGGGUCAGUAUUCUUUUGUCUCUUUUGCACUUCUGCUGAAAACAAUGAUUAUGUACAGUAGGAUCUUUAUUGCCUUUCAAUAUUCAAUUGGAAUAUAAAUAGGCAGAUGAAUAAAUAACAUUCUGCCACUAUUACAUAGUGUAUAUCUACUAUUUCUCUACUUGAGAAUUUUGCUGGUGUAAUACUAGAAGCAUGUCACAAAACGUUGAGUCCUGCUUUCUGUCAAUUCUAAACUUAGCAUAUAAACAUCAAUUUGAGAAAAGGUCACUACUGCAAUAAUGGAUAAUGUGGUAUUUUAAAAGCAGAUGUUUUGGGAUACUCUAUAGCCUCAUAUUGUAUCUGUAGUAAUUCUUUCUUAAACGUAAUAAGCCAUAACUAAAACAAAAAUAGAGAUAAUGAAUAUUUAGGGCAACAGAAAUUGAAGCAGGGCCACAUGCUUCUCAUUAGCAUUGAACAUCACUAUAUAACUGAUGACCACCACAGUAUUUAUUCCGUGAUAUAAAUAAUGAUCAAUCUCACUAAUUCUGGUUAAGUAAAACAUUAUCUGUACAAACACCGGAUUGCUUUAGACAAUGAUGGUACUUGUAAUGAUGAAUCUAAAUAAUUACUGAUAACAGUAAAAAUUAGGAUUGUUUUCUGUACAUACUAUCGAGCAGUUAAAGUGAUUGUAAUGACAGUUAAAGCAAUAUUGUUGGUUACAUUUUCCCAGGACCCAGUUACUCAUGUUUGGCAUAAAAAUAGAUGCUUAUAUUUAUAAUAAACUUCAGGCCAAAUUGAACCAGCUUUCUGCAGUGAAAUGGUUCAACCUGAAAAAUAUAAGCGCCAGAGUUUUUGUUAGAAUUCAGAAUUACAAUACAUAACAAAUAAUAUGGCGAUUUACAAAGUAUGGUUAGAUGUUCUUUAGAUCAGAUUGCAUCAAUUUGUAUUUUUCAAUUCUUGUAAUCUGGGCAAAAUUUCAUAACACCGAUCCCAAAUCCAUGCUUAUAUUGAGCAUGAUGAACACCCACCUGGUGAAAUGCUGCCUGCUUUGUCACAGUAAUUGAUGCUAUUCCUGAUCUAGCAGAGCAGAAAGUCAGCUAAAACAAAUUAUGUGGCCGGAUCUAACUGCAUCUAUCUAAAUAGUAGUAGAGUCUCAAAAUAUAGACCCUACAAGAUUAAACAAUUUCUUAGUUUGCAGAAAAAAAAAAUGUUGUUGUAGAACUAAUGCUCCAAUAAAUUUUGUGGCCAGUAUUUAGUUUAAAGUACAGAUUUGCAUUUUAGUCUGGAGCAUCAAUAUAUUUGUAUCACUUUAUUGAAACAAAAGAAAUCAUUGCUUGAUUGACAGCCCAAGUUUUUUUUUAAUGCUGAAAUCUGUUCUGUCAAUGUUCCAUACACAAGAUAAAGAGUACUCUUUUCUGGUCUGAUUGAUGUUUUUAUAAGAAAUUUAUGAGUGACUUUUUUUAAGCUUUUCUGUAUUUGAGAUUAUUAAUCUAGAGUUUAUUGGUUCUUUAGUAUUUACACUGGUUGAAUGAGCAUGGAAGUGUUAAGAGUUGGCAUGAUUGGGAAAUGGGAAGAUCAUGGGUGUGAGGGAAUAUUAGUUAACAAAGUACCAACAAACUAAGGUUUUUUUUUAACCAGCCUGUUUUAAAAGCAAGAUGCUGCAGAUGUCCAUAACCUGAAAUAAAACAAGGUGUUGGAAAAGCUCAUUACGUCUGGCAGCAUCUGAAGAAAGAAAAGCAGAGUUAAAUGUUUUAAUUCUGAUUGAAAAGAUAGAUUGGACCUGCUAAGUUUCUUCAGCACUUUUUGUUUUUAUUCCACAUUGGUAUUCGCAGCCUCCAAUCCAUGUCCAUGCGGCCUGACUUCACCCUGCAAACAUUCCUCAACAUGAAAACAACACCAAUUAGGAAACUUUUUGCCUCAAUGUCAAGCAACUCACCUCAGAGAUAAAAAUCCAGCCCAGGAUUUGAGGUUAGUUUUAAGCACUGCUUUAAGAGCAGAAUUGAGGAAAUGUUACGGUAAAGUUAUGGUAUAUAUAAUGGGGAGCAGAAGAACAUUUUUGAUUGGCAAACUCCAAAUUUUUUAUUCAGCUGGUUCUUCUUUAACUGGAAAAGGUCAUAGCUGUCCACUUUAUUUACAAUAAUUUGAUUGGCUAGCUUUUGGAAUUCUAUUUUGUUUUUUAUUUCACUAUUUAAAACAAUUAUUUAAUGGUUCCUUCAGAGUCUACCAAAGUAAUUGUCAUUAGUAAGUUUAGACAUUGUUUGUGAGAUCAGACAGUACAGCUACCUUUUCUGAAAUAAAGUUACUUCUGAAUGGUCCAAAACACGUAUUCCACUUCCACAAAUCAAAAUUUACCAUUUGCACCUGCGUUUCCAAAAUAAACCUUUAGAUGAAUUUUACAUAUAUACUUGAAGUACACUGAUGUUGGGCAUGGAAAAUCAUAUGUAAAUUUAUCAUAAUUCUGAUUUACAUAACACUACCUACAGUUGCCACAAAGAUCGUGCAUGCUCAGAGAAAAGGUUUAUGACAUUAAUGAGCAAUGGAAAAUAUCAGCCAGUCUCAAAGAUGGUGCUGCAGGAAGUAUGUGUUUAUAAACAUUCAUCAGAAUUUUACAUUCAUUUUAAAAAUCAAAAAAAAUCACAGCCAAAUGGAGGUUGGCUAAAGCUUCCUCCCACUUCUAUGCUUGUCCUUGCUUCCAUUGGGUCCCCACAUCAUUUGAUUGUGACAUCACUAGCUGUGGAUACAGUGACAUCAUUAGAGCAUGUGAAUCCAUUUUCUAUGGCUUAAUCUGUCACCAUCAGUGGCAUCACCAGCCAUUUUGCCACUAAGGAUAAUCGCUGUUAGGGAAACUGGACAGUUCGGGAGUUUGUGGGCAUGAGAAUACUACAUGGUGAGUGACAAUUAAUAAAAUGGAAGUUAAAAGUACCACUGUUAUGGCAAAACUAAAAGUCUAAUAAUUGACUUGUGGGCUUAAAGAUCGUAAGAAAUCACAAAAUGUAACUGGUUAAGUGAGACAAUAUGCACCAGUUUAAUAAAGUUCUAUUCCUUACUACCAUUUAGCAAUGCUGAACAAUUAGGAAUGAUGGUGCACGCUAGAAGACAUCUCGACAUCUGGAGGUUUGAUAAAAUGGAAGUUCCCAUUUUAGCUGUCUCGGUCUUAACCUAUUUAUGUUUGCUGUCAGCGCCUAUUGAUGGAAGCGAAGCAAAAUAAAUCUAUUGGCUUCUAUAAUGUGUAUUUGCUAAUGGCUAAAGAGACACUUUAUAUUUGUAAACUGGGUGAGUCAAUAGGAAAUUCAAAGCUAUAUAGUCUUAAAAUGCUUAGAAAUUUUACCAAUUAAAUCAGGAUCAUAGGGGUAGAGUGCCUACCAUAAGUCAAUGACAACUUCCAAUUCAAUUAGGGGCAGGUUAGGUCCUCAACCAGGCCAACUAGAAACCAAUUUAGUUACAUCCUUGUGCCAGGUGGAGAGAGAUAUGUUUAUAAUGUGAUGAGACUGUUCAGUAAAAGUUGAUGGUCUCAGGUGGGCAGGCAAGUUCCUGAUCAGAGAUUUUUGGAAAACACUACCACUGACAAAAUCAAUGAUCUAAUAUGGUAUAUUAUGGAAUGUAAUUAUACGGAGCAUCUGAAAAUGAUUAGGGCAGAGUUCCUUUUCUAGUUGGUGGACAGGGUCACACUGAUCAUUAAUUCAGUCUGCAAAAUUUAAUUUUGAUAACCUUAUUGACAUGUGGUCCUAAAUGGCUCUCAUCGUUUCACUAAUACAUCAUGUCCAUUUUAAAAAGUGCUUUUAUUUUAAGUAUUUAGUAAUUUUCUUAUUGAAGAAAAGUACAGCAUUUUCCAGAAGCCUGAUUUUGGCCAUGAUAUUAUACACUUGCUGAUGUUUACUUUCUAAUUGUUUGCUGAGUUCACUACUGACACCACUUUGUGUUAUUUUUGGCUGACUUAUGUAACAUAGUCUAUGUUAAUUCGUGCAGUUGUGAACAUACUUAUUGUUAGGGAGAAGAAAGGCAAUGGCUGGCCAGUGCUGUACAGGUAGCUGAUUAUAUCAAGGGCAUGUUUUUGUACAGUUGUCAAUGGGAGAAAAAGGACUUGAUGUCACAAAGCUGUUUCUCAACUAAAGUGUCUUUCUUGCCUCAUUUUUGAAUAUUUGCUUAUUGUACAUAAUAAAGACAUCAUAUUUGAUGCAUUGCAUUAUUUUUAA